UGGUGGGAAGGGGACCGAGAUGUACAUAGUACCUCGCCAGACGAUCUUUGCUUGGCAAUUCUCUCUCCCAUUCGCCUCGUCGCCUGAAGCGCAGGCUCUGGGCAACCACACAUAUAAGGUCGGCUGAAUUUGGACAUUUCAGUAUCGCGUGGUGUGAUAAGCCUACCUGUCAUCCUUUCCUCGAGUAUCCUCGUGCACUCACCGUGCAGUCAUGCCCACCCGCGCAGAAGCAAAAGAACAUAUCAAUUCAUUCUGGACGAGACGUCACAUCGCCAGAGAUGCCAUCGAUAUUGAGAAUGACAUCAAUCUUCGCGACCUUUCCAAUGGACUGAAAAUCCUUUCUGAUGGCCUCUACGGUGAUCUCACUCACUUUUUCUGGGAAUUGCUCCAGAACGCGGAUGACAGUAAAUAUCUUACAGUACCCCGCGUCGACUUCGUCCUGACCAGCCAUUCUCUGACUUACGAGACCAACGAAAUCGGCUUCACCAGGGGUGAUGUGGAGUCGCUGUGUGCAGUGGGCUACAGUUCAAAGGCAGGUCAGAAUGACACGAUUGGGGAAAAGGGCAUUGGCUUCAAGUCAAUUUUUAAAAUUGCAGACGUCGUCACCAUUCACUCAGGUGUAUAUUCUUUCAAAUUGGAUACUCGACCUCCUCUCGGCAAUGUCGGCAUGGUUCUGCCCAUGUGGCUGGACAAAACACAAGACUUCCCUGGGACAUCAAUCACCCUGCAGUUCAAGGCCGACCUUGACGUGUCCAAGUUGCGCCAGCACCUAGCCUCAUUUGAUUUCACCUUCCUACUGUUUACCCGAAAUAUCAAAGUGAUCAAUUUGAAGGUCUUAGCUGGACAGCCGUUUGAGAAGCUUGGACGGCUCGAACACUUGGCGCCUAAGGGUGAAAGAAUAGAGACAAGGAUCGACGGCCGUCCCGAUGCGACGAUGGACUAUGUCAUAUUUCGACGCAAGUAUCAGGGCAUGCCUCCACGUCAACCUGGCGCUCAGGUUCAACCCGACGGCGAUAAAACGACAAUUGUGCUCGCUUUUCCACACCUCAAUCACAAACCGCUUGCCGAAGGCCAAAAAACUUAUGCAUACCUACCUGUCAAUUCCUUUGGAUUUCAGUUUAUUAUUCAUGCUGAUUUUGUCUUGACUGCCAAUCGAAAAGGUAUUGAUAGUGACCGAGGAUGGAAUACAUCCCUCCAGAGGUGUUUGCCCGAAGCGCUCUGCUCUGCUUUUGAACAGUUGGCAACAUCGGCGGAAUCUCAAAUGAGGUUUGGUUGGCCCGAAUAUUUGGGCUCUCUGGGGUUUAUUCACGAUUCGUUUAUGAGAGAAGUUGCUGACUCCACUAUCAAACAACUGCGAUCGAAGCUACUGGUUCGAACAGAGUUGCAAGACGGUGUUUUCCUAGCGCCUCAGGAUUCUCUGACUGCAUCAGAUGAGUUUCGUGACGCCACUGGCGGACUUCUUAUCACCGAGGGCACAUACGCACAGCGGGUGAGAUCGAAUGCCUACUCUUACAACUCGGCAACGAUCCUCUCAAGACUGGGUGUCACUCCCUUCGAGAUCUCGCACUUCGUGGAGUUGCUGGCCCAAUAUAUUUCAGCGCAUAUGGCAAGAUUCUCAUCAGAGGCAACAGCAUGGCACUCCCGCGUCGCGAGUCUUCUCUGCAAUCAUUUCUCGAACGGACAAUAUCAGCUCUAUUCACCCGUAUUCCAGGCCUUCAAAGCUCUGCGGAUCAUCCCGCUGGAUGACGGCUCAUGGGUAUCUGGUGCUUCUUGCGCAACUAAAAAGGUCUUUAUGGAUCAGGGUCGCCGCAUCGCCCUCCCCACUGGCCUCCACUUUUGCUUCGUUCAGGCGUCGGCUGCCGAUGAUCGUCACCGCAGACAACUCUACCGACUGCUAGGUGUCAAACCAUGUGAUGAAACAGAGAUAUGCAAGAUGAUACUCGACUCCCAUGCAACAAUGGUAGUUUGGCCACCUUUGGAAAUCCUUAUCUCGCAUGCGAUGUACAUCUUCCGCGCUCGCUACCAACCUCAAUAUGGCCAAUCACUCCGCCUACGCCUCCUUGACUCCAAUCUUACUAUUCGAUACCGGGAGAGAGUCCAUCUUCCUUUUGGGACACAAGGAAAGGCUCUUAGACGGCUUUUUGCAGACGACUUUUCUGGUAUCAUUUGGCUACAUCCAGACUACGAAGAUAGAGUAACGGAAGGCGAGAGACAAUACUGGUUCCAAUUCUUAUGCUCCGUAGAAGGAGUGUAUCGGUUGCCUCCUCUUCAUUCAGGUGGACGACUCUCUGAUGCAAUGAGGCAUAUCCUGAUGAGAAAUGGAUCAAAGGAAUUUCUCUGGCUUCUGAAGACGCAAUAUCGUUCGGGCUAUGGUAAUAUGUUUGGAGAUUCGCACACCUGGGAAGCUCAAACACUCACAGCGGAUAUCAGCAACAUUUGGGUAAGCACCGAUCAAGGUGUGCAGAAACUGUGCGAGACGAUAUUGCCGUCUUUGUCGCCUAUCAGCCUAGGUCUUCUCCCUGUUAUACAGCUGGUUGAUCCACAAAAUACGGACUGGAGCUUCCUCCGCAAAUUUGGAGUCCAGACUGAGCUCUCGCCGGACUUUUUUGUGAAACAGCUCCGGGCUUUGAAAGAAAACAAUGACCAGGGACGAGUGAUAGCAACGGCUACAACUGUUUAUAAAGCCAUUGCAGCAUAUCCGGCCUUGGACAGCUCAAAACUGGCGAGUUUCCAUACCGAAAGUUUGAUAUACGUCGACCCCGGCGGGUGGGUUUUGCCACAGCAGUGUGUCUGGAAGGCCUCAUUUCCCUGCACGAAGGUGCCUGUUCUCUCCAGACUCUAUCGUGGGUGUGACAAUCUUUUCCAGGCCCUUUUGAAAGUAAGGGAUGCAGGACUUGACGAUUUAAUCUCGGAGCUUGAAGACAUGGAGUCAACACGAGAGCUUGACCGAACCAGGCUUUUACGCCAGAAUAUGUUGCCUGCUCUGGACUCCUUCCUAGGCAAGGCUUCCCUAUCAAUGACACAAAGACGACGAUUGCUUCCGCUUCACAUUUUUCCAGUUACUCAAGUUGGAUCUAAUGAUCCUACCCAAGCUGCACAGUUACUCCGAGCCGAAGAUACGUUCUGGAUUGCAGACUUGAACUUUCUAAAAUCAAAGUUCGAGGGAUUCUUACCAUUGCUUGAUAUAACUGAAAAACUCUUCAAAUCAUCAAUCCACAACGUUUUCAAGAAUUUGUCGAUGGACUCCAAGCGUUUGUCUCUGAGCGUCCGGAAAGAAGAGAACCAACCAAACCAAGGUGAUAUAUCCGAAGUAGCGGAUCCUGCGCUUAGCAAUAGGCUCCGAAGGCAGAGUCGAUACAUCAUUGGCAUUGUGUGUCAUGAAAACAAACUUAAUCAGCCAGCCGACCAGGUGACAGCAAUGCUUAGCAACAUAAGGGUUUUUCGGGUUCCAGACAUAACUAUCAGGCGAUACGUUCUUGAUGCCAGCACAAAGAGAUACGGCCGCGACGAGAAGGGAGAGGUUCUCUUGCUGGACGCAGAUGGAGAACUACAUAUUAAGAUCCGGCGAGAUUCAGAGACCAUGGACAUCAUCAUCCCAUUAUCAGAUCGUUUCGCAGAACGCUUUCACUUGGGGAACGCCAAUCGUGAACUUCUUGUGAAAGUCCUCACAACUGAGAAAGUCGAGCAAUUCAUUGAAGGACUCGAAAGAGCAGGUAUCAAGACAGAUCCAACAACCGUCGUUGAAAUUGUGGCUGAAGACAGCUUGGACGAAGAUUCCGAUGACGGUACACUUGCUGAAGAUCCUAGUGACAACCUCGGAUUGGCUUUCCAAAAAUUGCAGAUCAGCAAAGGGAGGACUGGUAGUGGUUCAGACGAAGAAUCUUCGGGAUCACAGCAACGCAGGCCAUCACAAACACCAAGCUCACAGGGACGACGAGUACGCAAUGAUGGAGAGGUCUCCUCGCCAUUCUCAUUGAGAAGACGGUCGGGCCAGGCUGCCUCCGGUGGGGCAAGAUCAGAUGCUAUCGCUACAAACGGGGAGACUACUACAGACGAGAAUAUUGCGCGCUUGACUGCAAGCCUGAUUGACGCAAAGCUGUCUGACACCACUCAUGAGGUCUUCCGCAACUGGGUUACACCUCCUUCGGGAGAAGUGCCCAGCAAGUCUUCAGUGCCUGUCUUCGGCAUGGCUACCGCCUUCGAAUUCACUUUCAAUUCACCUUCUCCCCAGCCUCUUGUGAACAACCCAGAUGCCAGCGGGAGCAGUUCAUCGGGGCCAAAUACGUUAGCAACGUCGCGCCAUAUUGCCGACAACUCGUCAGAGGCCCAAGCGGGCUUGGAUGCGCCACAAUCUUCUCCGAACCAUUUACACGGUGCAUUUAAAACCCCAACAAAGGCGUUUCGACAGUCGAAUCAUCCCUGGUCGUCUGGACGACCUCCCAGGAGCAGCUAUGGUGGAAACAGCUUUGUCGCUCAGGAGUCCUCUGAAGCCGUACCACAUGAGAUUGGAUUUGCUGGAGAACACCUGGUAUACAAGUUUCUGGAAGACAAGCUGUCACCAUUUUUCACGCCAGAGAACUGGACUAGUAGAGGUCGAGCGAAAGCCUUUCCAAAUCCAUUCAGCGAUGACUUUCGCGAGAAGGACUUUGCCGAUUUCACCUACGUCGACACCGACGGACGCUUGCGUAUGUAUUUGAGCGAGAACGUCCCGAACUUUGAGAACCCAACCGGUCAGCGGAACAACAUCACCUAUCAUUUGGAGGUCAAAUCUACCCUGGGCAGCCUACACAACCCGGCAUUCCUGAGUAAUAACCAGAUCUCCAUGGCGAAGAAGUACUCAGGGCGAUUUUCGACACCGGCCACCCAGACCGAUGUGUACAUCCUGGUUAGAGUCUACGGGCUUGGUUCGGACCCUCCUCAACCGCAGUUGUGCCUGUUUCCUGAUCCUUGGAAUCUUAUCUGCCAGGAUUCUCUGCUUAUCGAAGGCGAAGCUGGGAUUUAUGUGCGACCGAAAGUCGCCUGAGCGACUUUAUUACGCGAAUUAGAUUGGGCAGAUGUAGUGCGAGCAAAGGACGGCGCAUUUAUGUCUAAGAAAG